CCAACAGCUGGGCUGGCACUACCAUCACUAAUUCGCAAAGAAAAACAUUCCCAAAAAACAAAAAAUUAGCAAUAGUUAGCAAUGAUUAUAUAUGGCGUCUAUAUAGUUAGUAAAUCGGGUGGCCUUAUAUUCAACCUGGACAACAAUGUGCCACGCAUCGAGCACGAGAAGACCUUCACAUACCCCUUGGAUUUGGUGCUGGACUACGAUUCCAAGAAGGUAUCGGUGUCGUUCAACAGAAAGGAUGGAAUAAAUGUGGGCCACGUCCUCGUGGCGGUCAACGGAAUGCCUGUCAAUGGAGUAACUUUGGAUGAUGGAAGGGAUGUAAAGGCUACGCUAGAGGCACCGGAGAAUUAUCCCAUUAACCUUAAGUUCAGCCGGCCGAAGAUGACCACCAACGAGAAGAUCUUUCUGGCCAGUAUGUUUUAUCCUCUGUUUGCCAUCGCCAGUCAACUGAGUCCGGAGCCCAAAAGUUCCGGCAUAGAACUCCUGGAGGCGGAUACAUUCACGCUGCACUGCUUUCAGACGCUGACAGGGAUCAAAUUCAUUGUCAUCUCAGAAACGGGUCUCAAUGGCAUCGAUCUGCUGCUGCGAAAGGUCUACGAGUUGUACUCGGACUACGUUCUUAAGAAUCCAUUCUACUCGCUGGAGAUGCCAAUAAGAUGCGAGCUCUUCGAUAACAAGCUCCAAGAACUCCUAGCCCAAGUGGAGAAAACGGGCAUUAGCAAUAUUGAUAAAUAAAUGUUAAGUUGUCUUUUUACUCUGUUAUUGGAAA